AUGGGGACUUCUCAAAUACCCUGUCCCUUGGGUGCAUGUCCUGCCUCUUCCCUGCCCUCCUCUCCCGUGGAGACACAGAGCACACGUUUCUCCCUGCUACCAACAUGAGGUUUGUCCUCCUGGCAUGCCUCUGGGCUUCCCUCACAGGAGUCCUGCUGGCAGAUGUAGACACAACCAAACUUGAGAUCCGUCUGGUGGAUGGCCCAAACAGCUGCUCUGGGAGAGUCGAGGUGCUUCACAAGGAUACCUGGGGGACUGUGUGUGAUGAUGGCUGGGAUUUACGAGAGGCCAGGGUGGUGUGCAGGCAUCUGGGCUGUGGAACGGCGCUGUCAGCCCCCCAUGAGUCAAAAUAUGGAGAAGGGAAGGGCCAGAUCUGGCUGAGUGACAUGAACUGCAAAGGCACAGAAGGGUCCCUCACCGAAUGCAAAGCAAAACCAUGGGGAGAGAACACCUGCAACCAUGUGGAAGAUGCCAGUGUGGAGUGCUCAGGAACUGACAUACCUGAGCCAGGGCCUGUCCGUCUGGUGGGAGGCCCAGACCGAUGUGCUGGGAGAGUUGAGGUGCUUCAUGAAGAGCAGUGGGGCAGCGUAUGCCAUGAUGACUGGGACAUAAAAGAUGCCCAAGUUGUGUGCAAACAGCUGGGUUGUGGGGAUGCAGUGCUGGCCCCCAUUGGAGCCAAAUUUGGACGAGGCUUUGACACCAUUUGGCUGGAUGAUGUGAACUGCACGGGGUUAGAAGCUGAUCUCUCUGAAUGUCAGGCGAGGCCAUGGGGGGAUCACAACUGUUACCACGGGGAAGAUGCCAGUGCAAUCUGUUCAGAAUCAGGGAUUACCAUCUCCACCUCAGUCCGCCUGGUGGAUGGCCCAAACCGCUGCACUGGGAGAGUCGAGGUUCUUCACAAUGAUGUCUGGGGGACUGUGUGUGACGACGGCUGGGAUUUAAGGGAAGCAAAGGUUGUGUGCAAGCAGCUGGGCUGUGGAACAGCACUAUCAGCCCUCCCAGAGUCAAAAUACGGAGAAGGGAAGGGCCAGAUCUGGCUGACUGAUGUGAACUGCACAGGAACAGAAGGGUCUAUCACUGAAUGUGAAACCAAGCCAUGGGGAGAGAACACCUGCAACCACGUGGAAGAUGCCAGCGUGGUGUGCUCAGAGGUAGAUGUUCCUGAGACAGGGCCGGUCCGGCUUGUGGAUGGCCCAAACAAGUGUGCUGGAAGAGUUGAGGUACUCCAUGAGAAUCGGUGGGGCAGCGUGUGUGAUGACAACUGGGACAUGGAGGAUGCCAAAGUGGUGUGCAAGCAGGUGGGCUGUGGGUCUCCACUGUCAGCCCUGGGAGGUGCCCGCUACGGCCGAGGGCCAGAUGUCAUCUGGCUGGAUGAUGUGAACUGCACGGGGACAGAAGAAAGCAUCUUUGACUGUCAGGCCAGGCCAUGGGGUCAACACGACUGCUAUCAUGGAGAGGAUGCUGAUGUUGUCUGUGCAUUUAACAAGAAUCUGGAGGAGCCGGAAACAUCGUGAAUGCCAUGCUGACCCUACCAGACCAUGCUCACCUUGCCACAGGAGAAGGGCCAGUAAGAUUCAGCUGAGAAAGAGAACAUUUGGGAUGCUAAAGAACCACCAGUGUGCCUUAACAGAAUUCAAGUUUUGGCAAAACCAUUCUCUCAUCCAUUGAUUGAUCUAGUUUGUUUAUAACUACAUUGAUAGAAAACACAUAUCAAAAUGUUUUCCCACUGAAAAGCAAACAUCAAAAAGUAUCAAUAAAUUUCCCCUAAAACUGA